AUGAUCAUAAACCGCGGUGCGUCAACAAUUACAGUCUUCGGACUCUGUGACGCCAAUACAGCAAUCAUUCCCGCAUGUUUCCACAACGACAUACUCAUCGUCGCCUCGUCAGCUCUCCCCAAAAAUCUCCACUUGGUAGGGCUGAUACUGCAUAAAGUGGAAGAGAGCAAGCUUGGCUAUGGCACGGGGCGGGGACCAGAUCGGCUACCUUUUGAGCCCGACAUUCCGGAUGGGGAGCUCGGGGCAGUCUUGCAUCCCACGUCACUGGUCUUCAAGGCAAAGAAGAUCCCAGAGGGCAUCAAAGUCCUCGAAGACCACCCAUUCAAGACUGUGGCGGCGAUGUACGCCGGGCUGCAAUAUACCACCACGGGAGUAAGUACAAGACUUAGCAGACUUUUGUUGAUCUUUAUCCCCCAUGUUUAUAACUCAGUGGUAACAAUGAGGCUUGCAGGGAAUGAAUAUGCAGGGAUAUAUGCAAGUCAAUACGCUUCUUUAUACUCCGAAGCUCCGGAUACGAUUUGGAUCAAUGCGCGUAUUCCGGGCAUUGUGAUUGGACGCAGCUCAUCCCCGAUCAAUGCCGAGUAUUCCGACGUUGUGAUUGGAUGA